AUGGCAGAAACAUCAAAAACUGUUCCUCAAAAGGAAAAAGCUUCUUCAUCGAGGCCGGCGGCGAUAAAACGCUGGUGGAGCCACGCCUUGAGGAGUGCGUUCCCGGGGGCGGCUUCUUGGGUGCCUGGUGCAAUUCUGAACCUCGAGAGUUGGGUUCGGAAACUAGCUUCGACCUCUUCGUAUGCUGAGCGCUCAUGGCGCGAUUUGGCAAAGGGUCGAUGGGAGGCCAAGAAUCAUGGUAAGCUUCUUUACACAGACAUUGCCGUCAUGAGUCCCUCGACUGGGGAGCAGGAGGCCCCAAAGCCGGCGAAGGAUAAGAAGAGGAAAAGGGUCUCGCCCUCUGAUACUCCAAAGCCCAAGAAGAGCAAGGCCCGCAGGUCGAAAAAGGACACCGCAGCCCUGCCUGCUGAUGUUGCUCAGCGUCUAAUGGAGGAAGAAGAGGAAGAUGAAGAUGCUGACUUCGAGCUAGUAGCUCGAGCGAAGAGGGUCCCCGAGGCCCCGAAGGCCGCUGAGACGGUGACGAUCGAAGAGGUUCAGCCUCGAACCGAAGAGAUCUCAGAGGGUGGCCCAAGCAAAGUCCCCGAGUCCUCGGAGGCUGAAGAUGCCUCCCCCCUUGAUGAGAAAUCGGCGGAUUUGUCUGAAGGGGCCGGUUCCGUGGCCCUUCGAGACAAAAAGAACGCCCCAAGUGACUUGCUUGGGUCAAUAGACGUUGAUGAUUCGCUGCCCCUCCCCACAUUUUUCGAGGGGAAAAUUCAGGAGGCCCAUGCCAUGGGGACCCCCAAUGUGGGAAUGGCCCACGAAGGGGAGGACCUUUUUCACGACUGCUUCACAGGAGUCGAAGAUGCUUCCGAUCUGGGUGAUGCAUCGAGUAUCUUCAAUGAGGCUCAUCGACUCUUGAGUAAGGCCUUGAUGCUUCAUCGGGAAGCAUUUUCUAAAUCCUGGGCAGAGCUGAACCGGUGUGAGGCCGAUCUUAAAAGGCUUACGAAGGAGAGAAAUGCCCUCAAACUUCUCAGUGGGCAAAAAGAAGAGGAGAUCAAGUUCCUUCGAGCCGAGUUGGCCACAACCCAUGAAGAGCAAACCGACUUGAUUGAGCAGGUUCCGCAUAGGGUCGAGAAGAUUGAACAGCUCCGUGAAGAGGCCAAUAUGAUGAGGGCGGAGACUUUGGGGUGGAAACAAAACAUGGAUCACCUUGCCUCGGAGAAAGAGACUGCUCGAGCGCAACCGUCAUCGGCCGAACGUCAGCUCCAAAGCAUGAAGGAGGAAAGCUCAGCUCAGGCCAAGAAAAUGAAGGAGCUCGAGGCCAGUUAG